AUGGGCCCCUUUGACGACGCCGGCGCAGUUGGUGCAGUCGCCGGAGGCGCUGGGUCGACUGUUGCAGCUCCGCACGUCCGCCCUGGCGUCGAGGAGCAGGCUCUCCAUCUCAGCUCCGUCGCGCUCUUGGACAGCAGCAGCACUAGGUUGGCGCCCAGCCCUAGGCUCGCCGACAGCACGUCCUGCUUCCCUGCACGCCAUAUACAUACACACACAAGCAUCGUCAUCAUCACCACUUGGCCAAAUGCACAGGGGUCACCGUGGAAAAACACGCGCACGCUCGAGCACGUACCAAACAGAGCUCCGAGGGGACCCGGGCUCGCGAGGCGCCGGCUGGGAUGCCACCACCGCCGUGGGCGCGGCAACUUCCGCCGGCCAUCCAAACCCGGUGCCGCCGAGGUCCGUGUGGAGGAUGCGCGACAGCAGCGGCCGCGGCGAGGAGCACCCGCGGCCACGGAGGCCCUGGUGACGAGCGCAACGCCGGUGUCGAGGUGGGCAGCGACGGCGGCCGCGUCACCCUCGCCGACGGAUCGAGCUCUCCAGUUCUUCCCUCCGUUAUUUUCUCCCAACUACCUUUUAAUUGUUUCUUUUACCGAGGAACAUGCGGCACAACUACACGAGGCUAACGGAGAGACGAGUCCGUAUGGAGUAAUGGACGGAAGGUUAUCAACGGAAAAGUCUGAGGGCCCAGCUCCUGGAGGGGAGGGCGUGGAUGGUGUCCACGUGUGUGGGUACACGGAUGGAGACAGGCAAGCUGCAGCCGGGCAUCACCGCUACUCGCCGGAGAGACGCCAGUGCCGGCAUGCCACUGCUGUCUGCCGCCAACAAACUGAUCGGCGUGCUCGUGCAUGCCAUGCCCUACCCAAACCACUUCACUUUUCCCCCUCUCAUAUCUGCUGA